AUGGACGAUCCAGAUCACCGACCUAAACGUCGCCGACUCGAGAGUCUUUCCACUCACACCAUUACCCCCACCCACACCAGCAAUGGACGCAUCUAUUCCCCCGUCGAAUCCUCCUCGGACGAGCUAGCCGCAGUCUCCGACCACGACGAGGUGGAGCGGCGUCGCGUCAGUUGGACAGCGCAGAAGGUAUACCCUCCCAAGCGGCCCUACCGGCGAUCGCGCAGCUUCAGCGGCUCAGAGUCCCCCGAUGAACUAGCCGUCGACGCCGAUGUAUACUGGCGUUCUCGCAACCGCGGGCGCAGCCUGUCGCAGUCCGAGGCCAGCGUCCAGGAGCAGUUAUCGGAGCGCUACCAUGAUGACGAGAUGGAUGCCGAGGAUGAGGAGAAUGGAGGCGAGGCGGACUUCAAGCAGGAGUAUUCGGACCGAUCACCCACACCCGUGCCGCCGCCAGCCCCUCCGCCGCCACCCAAACUGGAGAAACUGAACUAUCGGCAGAAAUUCCUGCUCCGUGGGCAUUUGCGCGGGGUGUCGGCCGUGCGGUUUUCUCCGGAUGCUACUAUGAUUGCCAGUGGGGGGGCCGACGGAGCUGUCAAGGUGUGGGACUCGCGUAGUGGGAAGCUCAUUCAUACAUUUGAAGGGCAUCUAGCGGGCAUAUCCACUAUUUCCUGGGGUCCCGACGGAACUACCAUUGCCUCGGGGUCGGAUGACAAGACCAUUCGGCUUUGGAACGUCUUGACUGGCAAAGCGCAUCCAAUCCCAUUCGUCGGCCACCACAACUACGUGUAUCAGAUCGCAUUCUCCCCCAAGGGCAACAUACUGGUGAGCGGGUCCUACGACGAGGCGGUGUUUCUGUGGGACGUGCGGACGGCCAGCGUGAUGCGGUCGCUGCCGGCACACUCGGAUCCCGUGGGCGGCAUCGACGUCGUGUGGGACGGCACGCUGAUCGCGUCGUGCGCGACAGACGGGCUGAUCCGCAUCUGGGAUACGGCGACAGGCCAGUGUCUGCGGACGCUGGUGCACGAGGACAAUCCGCCCGUGACGGCGGUCAAAUUCUCGCCCAACGGGAAGUUCGUGCUGGCGUGGUCGCUGGAUGACUGCGUGCGGCUGUGGAACUACGUUGAGGGCCGCUGCAUCAAGACCUAUCAGGGCCACGCGAACCGGAAAUACAGCCUGCUGGGCGGGUUUGGAGUCUACGGGCUGCCGGAGGCGCCACUGGAGGCCUUUGUGGUCAGCGGCAGCGAGGAUGGAUCGGUGCUGUGCUGGGAUGUGGUGAGCAAGAAGAUUCUACAGCGGCUGGAGGGCCACUCCGGGGUUGUCCUGGGGGUGGACACAUGCACGCUGGGGGAGCAGCGGCUGAUGGUGAGCUGUGGGCUAGAUGGGACGGUGAGGGUGUGGGAGGAGGUGGAUGAGGGGGCGGAGGAGCAUGGUCAAGGCGGCGCUGACAACGAUGUCACUGUUGAUGUCAAUCCCGGCGACGUUGACAACGCAGCCAAGGACGAAGCCGAAAAUGAAGUCCAGGCCGAACUUCCCAAAGAGCAGGGAGAGGAUGGCGAGGACAAUGACGGUGACCACAAGGAUCGGGAUGGAGACACGCAGAUGGCAUGA